AUGCUACAAAAUCGUCCUGCCCCAGAUAAUAAAAUCCUGCGGCCGCAAGCUCCUUCCGGCUGGAUAAAUUCAAUUGGCCAAAAUUCAAAGCUUCGGAGCCCAUCAUUACGUUUUUCUCCUCCCUUUCUGCAAAAAGCCCCGUCGUCUUCGCCGUCGUCUUCUCCGGCGCCUUCGUCGUCCUCGUCGCCGUCUUCGCCGUCUUCUUCGCCAUCGCCUUCGCCGUCGACUUCACCGUCGUUUUCGCCGUCGUCUUCGCCGUCGUCUUCGCCGUCGACUUCGCCGACGUCUACGCCGUUGUCUUCGUCGUCGUCUUGGCCGUUGUCUUCGCCGUCGUCUCCGCCGUCGACUCCGCCGUCGUCGUCGUUGUCGCCAUCAUCGUCUUUGUCGUCGUCUUCGUCGACGGCGUCGUCUUCGUCUUUGUCGUCGUCGUCGUCGUCGUCGUCGCUGUCCCCUUCGCCGUCGUAUUCGCCGUCGUCGUCUUCGUCGCUGUCGUCACCGUCGUCUCCGCCGUCGUCUUCGCCAUCGUCAUCGACGUCUUCGUCUUUGUCAUCGUUGUCUUCACCGUCGUCUCCGCCGUCGUCUUCGCCGUCGUCAUCGCCGUCGCCGCCGGCACCGUCGCCGCCGUCGUCGUCGUUGUCAUCGUCUACGUCUUUCUCGUCGUCUUCGUCGACGUCGUCGUCGUCUUCGCCGCCGUCGCCGCCACCGUCGUUGUCGUCGUCUUCGUCGAGGUCGUCGACGUCUUCGCCGUCGCCUUCGUCGUCCUCGUCGUCUUCGUCACUGUCGUCGUCGCCGUCGCCGUCGUCGUCUUCGUCUUCGUCGUUGUCUUCGGCGUCGUCGCAGUCGUCGUCUUCGUCGCCGUCGUCGUUGUCCUCUUGGUCUUUGUCGUCGUCUUCGUCGCCGUCGUCGUCGUCGCCGUCUUUGUCAUCGUCUUCGUCUUCGUCGUCUUCGUCGCCGUCGUCUUCGCCGUCGCGUCCGUCUUUGUCCUUGUCUUCGUCGUCGUCUUUACUGUCGCCUUCGCAGUCGUUUUUGCCAUCGUCUUCGCCGUUGUCUUCGCCGUCGUCGUUUUCGUCGUCUUCGUCAUUGUCGUCGCCGUCUUCGCCGUCGUGUUCGCCGUCGUCGUCGUCGUCGUCGUCUUCGUCUUUGUCUUUGUCGUCGUCGUCGUCGUCGUCGUCUUCAUCUUUGUCGUCGUCGUCUUCGCCGUCGUCGUCUUUGACACCGCCGUCGUCUUCGUCUUUGUCGUCGACUUCGUCCUUGUCGUCUUCGUCGCCGUCGUCACCUUCGUUGGCGUCGUGGCCGUCGCCGUUGUCUUCGCGGUGGUCGCCUUCGUCACCGUCGUCUUCGUCGUCGUCGCUGUUGCCGUCUACGUCUUCGUCGCCGUCGUCGUUGUUGUCUUCGUCGUCG